GGCAGAAGCUUCUGUGGCUGUUGAGUUACAGGUGUGUCUGCAGGGAGGACUUCUCCAGCUCCAGCGCUGGAUGCUCAGCCCCAACCCAGCUCCCAUGGCAGGGGUUCUCCGACAGGGAAGAUCCAAGACAGAACAGACCAGAUAUCCCUGGAACCCCCCAAACAGACGAAGCAAGAGCUGAAGGAAAUGUGGCAGGGAGGACAAGAAAUGAAAGGAGAGCCUGUGCACAUGGAAGCAUUACCCAGAGGAAGCAGUGGUUCCAUGCCAGCCUCUGCUGCAGGAAGGGAGGCCAUGCCAGACCCAGGCCCAGGAGAUGAGGUUGCCGGGAAGGCUUCUCCAUUAGCUUGGAUGAAUAAAGUUUCCAAGCCCUUGGAGCCUCCUGCAGAUGUGUCUACAGGGAGGACUUCUCCAGCUCCUACCUUGGAAGCUGCACAAAAGCCCAGCUCCCAUCAGAGUGUUACUCCAACAGGGAAAAUCCAAGAUACAACAGAUAAGAUAUCCCUGGAACCAUCCAAACAGAUGAGGCAAGAGCUGAAGGAACUCCUGCAGACAAGACAAGAGAUGGACAUAGUGCUUCAGUGGAAGGUGGCAUUUCUUGAAGGAAGCACUCCAUCUUCAGUGCCAGCCUCUGCUGCAGGAAAGAAGGCAAUGCCAGACACGGGCACAGGCACAGCAGACUGGGAUGCUGGGAAGGAUUCUCCGUUAGCCUGGCGCUAUGAAGUUGUGAAACCCUCUGGGCAUUCUGCAGAUGUGUCUGCAGGGACGACUUCACCAACUCCUACCUUGGAUGCUGCACAAAAGGCCAGCUCCCAUCACAGGAGUCCUACGAUAGGAGAGACCAAAGACAUGGCAGGCAAGAAAUUCCAGGACCCAUUAGAAAUCAUGUGGCAAAUGCUGAAGGAACGUCUGCAGAGAAAGCAAGAAAUGAAAGGAGAGCCUGUGCACAUGGAAGCACUUCCCAGAGGAAGCAGUGGUUCCGUGCCAGCCUCUGCUGCAGGAAGGGAGGCUGUACAAGGCACAGGCACAGGAGCUGAACCUGCUGGUGAAGGCCCCACAUCCAGGACGGAGGCUCUGGGAGAUGCUGAGGGUAGGGGUGAGUAG